GUGACGUCUUCAGACAGCGACACCGGAGCGGCGGCUGAGGGGUUAUGUGGCUGGGCCACCGCGGGUGGCUCGGGGUUGUGGUACAGUGUCGCUUUGACCUCCGGCCCCUCAGCCUAGCUUGGACCUGGGGUAGCUAUAGGAGUCCGAUGGCGGGAACACUUUCCACCAGAGCUGAGGCAGCAGACGGGCUGAGGGCUCCGACUCAGCAAAACGGAGACGCUGGUAGCGACGCUAGGGUUGAGCCGCUUCCAGGGCGCCCAGAGCCCGGGGGCCCAGUAGUGGAGCCAGCCGCGGGGAUCGUGGAGCAAACUCCAGGAGACAAGCGAGAGGAACCUUCGGCCCUAGCCCCAGAUCCAGGCAAGCGGAAGAAGCGGCGGGGCGCAACCCGGGAGCGCGUAGUGCCGCCCCCAAAGAAACGGCGGACUGGGGUCAGCUUCAGCGAUGAGCACUUUGCAGAGACCAGCUACUACUUCGAGGGCGGCCUGCGCAAGGUGCGGCCCUAUUACUUUGACUUUCGAACCUACUGCAAAGGCCGCUGGGUGGGUCACAGCUUGAUGCAUGUCUUCAGCACCGAGUUCCGAGCCCAGCCGCUGGCCUACUAUGAAGCCGCGAUCCGGGCAGGCCGCCUGCAUCUCAACGAGGAGCCAGUACAGGACCUCAGCAUAGUGCUCAAGGAUAAUGAUUUCUUGCGGAACACAGUGCACAGGCAUGAGCCACCAGUCACCGCAGAGCCUGUUCGCCUGCUAGCUGAAAAUGAAGAUGUGGUGGUUGUAGACAAGCCUUCCUCCAUUCCUGUCCAUCCCUGUGGCCGCUUCCGACACAACACAGUCAUCUUCAUCCUGGGCAAGGAGCACCAACUGAAGGAGCUACACCCAUUGCAUCGGCUUGACCGCCUUACCUCAGGAGUGCUCAUGUUUGCUAAGACAGCAGUUGUCUCUGAAAGAAUUCAUGAGCAGGUUCGGGACCGGCAGCUAGAAAAAGAGUAUGUGUGCCGUGUGGAAGGGGAGUUCCCUGCCGAGGAGGUGACCUGCAAAGAACCCAUCUUAGUGGUAUCUUACAAGGUAGGGGUGUGCCGUGUAGAUCCCCAGGGCAAGCCCUGUGAGACUGUGUUCCAGAGGCUGAGCUACAAUGGCCGCUCCAGUGUGGUACGAUGCCGGCCACUUACAGGCCGUACCCACCAGAUCCGAGUCCAUCUUCAAUUCCUGGGUCACCCCAUUCUCAAUGACCCCAUCUACAAUUCAGUGGCCUGGGGCCCCUCUCGAGGAAGGGGUGGCCAUAUUCCCAAGACAGAUGAGGAACUGCUCCGGGACUUGGUGGCAGAGCACGAAGCCAAACAGAGCUUGGAUGUACUAGGUCUCUGUGAUGGUGACAUGCCCCCAGGACUCACAGACUCUACAGCCCCCUCCUCAGAGUUGGCCAAGGACCGCCUAGAAGAGUUGGCCAUAGCUCCCCAGAAGAUGGAUGGAAUAGUUGAAGCAGUCCCUCAGGAUAUGGACACAGUGGACUUGGCACAAGGAAAGGCAGCUGAAACAGAUGUUAUGAAUCAAGAGACAGACCCACUCUGUGCAGAAUGCCGGCUGGUGCGACAGGAUCCCUUACCCCAAGACCUUGUGAUGUUCCUGCAUGCCCUCCGCUAUAAAGGACCGGAUUUUGAGUAUGUUUCACCUUUGCCUCCCUGGGCUCAAGAUGACUGGCAAGAAAACUGAAAGCAGUAACCAAUGGAGGGAUUGCUUCUUGGGGUGGAACAGGCAUGAGCCAUGGGGCAGGGGCUGACCCUAUGAGCUGGCACUCAGGGUUUCCAUAGGAUUGAGUUUGGGCUGUAAGGGACAUGUUCAUACAUGCUACCUCCUUUCUUCUCCCCAGCUAGAAUCUGGGAGCUUUUUGGUUUAUAAAUAUAUCCUUUUUUCUAACA